CGGGGCCGGGCGUGUCCAGGUGUGUGGCGUCCUCCUCCGGCGGCGCACUUCCGCCCAGGUGAGGGGGGACGGGGGAGACGCCCCCGGCUCCCGACGCAGUCGCUUACGUAGGAGGAAGAGGAUUUGACGCGCACAGAUCGAAGAUGCCAGAAAAUCCGGCCGCAGAUAAGCUGCAGAUUCUGCAGGUUCUCGAUCGCCUGCAGGCGAAGCUGCAGGAACGGGGGGACGUGUCCCAGGAGGAGAAACUGAGCCUUUUCGGCGACGCUCUGCGCAGCCCGCUCUUCGACCAGAUACUCACGCUUCAGCGGUCCAUCCGCCAGCUGAAGGAGCAGCUCGGCUGUCGACCCCCCGGCGGCUUGGCGGACUUCGAUUUCUCCAGGAAGGGUCUGUUGGUGUUCACCGACCGGUCCGUGGCUAACGGGAACGCCCCCCUGCCCCGUAGUGACCAGCCCGGAGCGGGAUCGUCCCCUUGGACGCCCGAGGUCGGAAACGAGGAGUUCCACGCCGCCGUCCGGCGGAUGGCCCAGGGAAGGCGAGUCGAAUACAUCGAGAUCGAAAAGCCCUCCUCCGGAGGCCUCGGCUUCAGCGUGGUCGCCCUCCGGGGUCAAAACGGAGGCGAGGUCGAUAUCUUCGUGAAGGAAGUCCAGCCGGGAAGCGUAGCGGACAGGGAUCGAAGGUUAAGGGAGAACGAUCGCCUCUUGGCCAUCAAUCACACCCCUCUGGACCGGACGGUUUCGCAUCAGCAGGCCAUCGCCUUGUUGCAGCAGUGCACGGGAUCGCUGCACCUGGUCGUGGCCAGGGAGCUGCCGCGGCCCAGAAGCGCAGCUCCCGCGAGCCUCCCCGAACCCAGGGCCCCGGAAACGAUCUGCUGGGGCCACGUCGAAGAGGUCGAGCUCGUCAAUGAUGGGUCGGGACUGGGCUUCGGAAUCGUCGGAGGAAAAUCGAGCGGAGUCGUCGUCCGGACUAUCGUUCCCGGGGGAUUGGCGGACAGGGAUGGGAAGCUCCGGACGGGGGACCACAUCCUAAAAAUCGGAGACACCGACGUGCAAGGGAUGACCAGCGAGCAGGUGGCCCAAGUGCUGAGGAACUGUGGGAACUCGGUGAAGAUGGUGGUGGCCCGAGACCCGCUGGGUGAGAUCUCGGUGACUCCUCCCACCCCCGUCUCCGGGCCCGUCGUCGCCUUGCCCGCUGCUCAGACCGGGACCCUCGCCUCCGACAGUUCUCUGUUUGAUACUUACGACGUCCAGCUUAUCAAAAAAGAUGGCCAGAGUCUAGGAAUUACAAUCGUUGGAUAUGUUGGAAGAGCUAAUACGGUGGACUCUUCGGGGAUCUUUGUGAAGAACGUCAUCCCGGGCAGCGCCGCCGACCAGAGCGGCCGGAUUCAAGUUCACGACCGAAUCGUCGCCGUGGACGGGCUGGACAUCCAGGGCUACACCAACCGGGACGUGGUGGAGGUCCUGCUCCGGACGGGCCGGGCGGUCAACCUCACUCUCGUGCGCCGCAAGGAGCCGCCGCCGUCUCUUUUCCACUUCCCUCCCGAAGCGGCUCCGGAUGAAGUAGCGCCGCCCGACCCACCGGCUCCGUUCCUGACCGGAGCCGCGGAGACCGAGACCAGCCUGGCCGGUGACGUUGCGGGAAGCGAAGGGCCGGCCGGCGGUCUGGGAGGCGAAAACGAGCCGCCCCUUCGGGAAAUCGGUCAGCGCGUCCGUCGGCAAAGGAGCUCGGACUCUCCGGAAAACCAGUUGAAAUCCAAGUGGGAGAAGCUGCUGGGACCCGAUUAUGAAGUAAUGGUUGCCACUUUGGAGGCCCGGAUCGCCGACGACGCUGAGCUGGCAGAAGUAUUCAAAGCUCCUGCCCAUUCACACGCUGAGGCUGGGAGUGGAGCUGGAUUCCUUCGACGGGCAUCAUUACAUCUCAUCCCUCGCUUCCACGGGGCCGGGCAAGCCCCGCUCAACCUCCUACGCCCGGAAGACGAGCUCCUGGAGGUAAACGGAGUGCAGCUCUACGGAAGAUCGCGUCGAGAAGCGGUUUCCUUUCUGAAAGAGGUGCCCCCGCCCUUCACUCUGGUCUGCUGUCGGCGCCUUUUCGACGACGAAGCCUUUGCGGACGAGCCAAGUACCGGCGAGGUUUCGGAUCCGGAGCCAAAGCAGGACCCCAGGGUCGAGGAUCACGUCGAAGAUGAUGAAGAUGGAGAGUUGGCCCUCUGGUCGCCCGAAGUGAAGGUCAUCGAACUCGUCAAAGAUCCCAAGGGCUUAGGAUUCAGCAUUUUGGACUAUCAGGACCCGUUGGAUCCGACCCGGACGGUCAUCGUCAUCCGCUCGCUGGUGGCCAACGGGGUAGCGGAACGCGGCGGCCAGCUCUUGCCGGGAGACCGCCUGGUCUUCGUCAACGACGAGAGCCUGGACGGGGCCACCCUGGCCGAAGCCGUGGACGUGUUGAAAGCUGCGGCUCCGGGCGUCGUUCGCCUUGGCAUCUGCAAGCCUCUGGUGGGAGAAGAUCAAGAGGAAGAUAAUUCCUACGGGAUUCCUUCCCACAGCAUCGACGAAAAGUCCCGAUUCUCGGGACCCGUCGGAAACAUCAGUUCGUCCGUAAUCCUCGAGGCCCCGAAGGGGUUUCGGGACGAUUCGUUCCUUACGGAAGAACCGGCGGACGAGCCGUUCCUGGCUUUGGGGAGCUCGUUCCGGAUGCGGCGGUUUGGGAGAGAUCCCGCUGAGGAGGCCUGGGAGAUGCACGGAUUUCUCAAGCCCUCGUUUCAGGACGUCGGCGGGGAGAGGGAAAUGCUGGUGGACGAGGAGUAUGACGUCCCCCGGCGCUUCCUCCCGGGUGUCGACUCCUACGCCUCGUCCCGGCCCGAGGACACCUCUCCCCACCCCCGGGGGGAGGAAUUCCACUUUGCCUCGCGGCGGUCGACCCGGCCCGGAUCAGCUCAGCUGGAAGAAACCAGUUCCGUGCUGAGCGUGCACACGGACGGGGAAGACGGCGGCCCAGAUUCACCGCCGCGAACGACUCCGGCCGGAGGCGGCGGACUACAGAGCCGGUUUGACGAUUUGGAGGAGCCCAGCUCGGCCACGGAUGUCCACCUGGAUUUAGGGGUUCAGAGCGCCGCGGAGGAAACCGGACGGUUUGUGGAUCCCGACCAAGUGGGCGAGAGGACGGAGCGGGGGGACUCGGCCGCCUUCCCCCCUUCCAGGAACCGGGGGGCUACGAGAUGGACGGCUUCGGGCCGGGCCGGAACACUGUGGUCGAGUGAGUUGCCUGAGAGAGAAGAAGGAGAAGGAGAAGAGACGCCGAACUUCAGUCACUGGGGGCCACCACGAAUCGUUGAGAUCCCGAGAGAACCAAACGUGUCUCUGGGCAUAAGCAUCGUCGGCGGGCAGACCGUGAUCAAACGUCUGAAAAACGGAGAAGAACUGAAGGGGAUUUUCAUCAAACAAGUCCUCGAAGAGAGUCCGGCGGGGAAAACCAAAGCCCUUAAAACCGGGGAUAAAAUCCUUGAGGUAUCCGGGGUGGAUCUGCAGAACGCGACCCACAGAGAAGCGGUGGAAGCCAUCCAGAAUGCCGGGAACCCUGUGGUCUUUGUCGUCCAGAGCUUAUCCUCUACGCCGAGAGUGGUUGCGGGAGUACAAUCCAAGACCGGCAGGCCCGCUAAAAUCACGGAUGCGGGAAUGGAAGCGGAUCCAAAGGAACAGCCGAGAAAAGGAGGGGCUCCACCUCCGAUGAGACUGCCGCCGCCCUAUAAAGCUCCUGCCGGGCAGGAAAGCGAGGAAGAUGACGAGGAGGCCGAUCCCGAGUUUACCGAAAAGAAGAUCAGGCAGAGAUAUGCCGACCUGCCGGGGGAGCUGCGCAUCAUCGAGCUGGAGAAGGACAAGAACGGGCUCGGCCUCAGCCUGGCCGGCAACAGGGACCGGUCCCUCAUGAGCAUCUUCGUGGUGGCCAUCAAUCCCGACGGCCCCGCCGGGAGAGACGGGAGGAUGCUCGUUGGAGACCAGCUCCUGGAGAUAAAUAACCAGAUACUCUACGGCCGGAGCCACCAAAAUGCAUCCGCCAUAAUUAAGACCGCCCCUUCCAAAGUCAAGCUGGUCUUCGUUCGACACGAAGGGGCCGUCAACCAGAUGGCCGUGACUCCUUUCCCGCUGCCUUCCAGUUCCCGGUCUUCCAUAGAGGAUCAGAGUGGCCCCGAACCACUGAGCAGCAGCGGCGAAGAUGACCCCAAUCCCGACUUUCCCGUGCCAGCCUUUUCCGAAAGCGAACGGCCCGAACCUGAAGCCACGUACCCGGGGCCCGGUGAGAUGGGCGAGGCAGAGGGACAGACUGAGGCGGGCCACCGUUCAGACAACGUCGCCGGCCAGCUCAAGCAGGCGAGAUAUUCUUCCCAGACGGUGGCCGGUUCCCAAGAGAUCUCCCUGGCACCGUCUCCUUCCUACCGUUCUGCAGAGGCCGAGUUCACCGGCUACGGGAGCGCAGCCGCGCCUUUAUCGGUGGAUCCGGCGACGUGUCCCAUCGUGCCCGGCCAGGAGAUGAUCAUCGAGAUCUCCAAGGGACGAUCCGGCCUCGGGCUCAGCAUCGUAGGAGGGAGAGACACUCCGCUGGAUGCCAUCGUCAUUCACGAAGUCUACGAAGAGGGAGCGGCGGCUAGAGAUGGAAGACUUUGGGCCGGAGACCAGAUUCUUGAGGUUAACGGUAUCGAUCUGCGGAACGCCAGCCAUGAAGACGCCAUCACGGCGCUGAGGCAGACCCCUCAAAAAGUGCGGCUGGUGGUCUACAGAGACGAAGCCCAUUACAAAGAUGAAGAGAAUUUGGACAUUUUCCCUGUGGACCUUCAGAAGAAAGCGGGUCGAGGAUUAGGCCUCAGCAUCGUUGGAAAGCGGAACGGAAAUGGAGUGUUCAUCUCGGACAUUGUCAAAGGAGGGGCCGCGGACCUCGACGGAAGAUUAAUUCAAGGCGACCAGAUCCUGUCGGUGAACGGAGAGGACGUGAGAGGUGCCUCGCAGGAAAUGGUAGCCACCGUCCUCAAGUGUGCCCAGGGCCUGGUCCAGCUGGAAAUCGGGAGGCUCAGGGCCGGCUCGUGGCUGGCUUCCAGGAAGACGUCUCAGGGCAGCCAGACGAGUCAGCACAGCUCCCACGGGAGCUUCCAUCCUUCCCUCACACCGGUCAUCACCAGCCUGCAAAAUCUCGUCGGUACCAAGAGGUCCUCGGGAGAUUCCGCUCAGAGGAAUUCAGGCGCGGAUAUGGGCCCGAGGACCGUGGAGAUAACGAGGGGCCCAAAUGACGCUCUGGGCAUCAGCAUUGCCGGGGGAAGAGGGAGCCCUCUAGGAGACAUCCCCAUCUUUAUCGCUAUGAUCCAGGUCAGCGGAGUGGCCGCCCGCACACACAAACUCAAAGUCGGGGAUCGGAUCGUCAGCAUCAACGGGCAACUCGUGGACGGACUGUCUCACGCCGAUGUGGUUCACCUCUUAAAGAACGCCUAUGGAAACAUCGUCCUGCAGGUCGUGGCAGACACCAACAUCAGCGCCAUAGCCACCCAGUUAGAGAGCAUGUCUGGGGGCUGCCACCUAACGCCCCCCACCACUGAACGGCGCCCGGAAGAGCCCGGAACCCCUCAACCUAAGAUUAUUGCUAUGGAGAAAGGCUCUGAUGGACUGGGUUUUAGUAUUGUAGGGGGAUACGGAAGUCCCCACGGAGACCUGCCCAUAUAUGUCAAGACUAUAUUUGCAAAGGGAGCGGCGGCAGACGGCGGGAGACUGAAGCGGGGAGACCAGAUCCUCGCCGUCAACGGGGAAGCCCUGGAGGGGGUCACCCACGAGCAGGCGGUGGCCAUCCUGAAGCGCCAGAGAGGAACCGUAACCUUAACCGUGUUGUCCUGAGCCCCCCCACCCCGCCCCCGGAGAGCCACGGCCGGUCUAGAGUGAGAUGAAAAGCCACCUCCGACGCAGGCUGGGCCCGACUGCUCUCCUCCCCUUUUCGAGGAGAAGGGAUCUGGGAUUUCGCCUCCCGAUGGGAACGAAUUUCCAGAAUCGAAUUUCCUCUCUCGGGCCCUGACUCCCCGCCUCCCCCGAAAAUUCAAAUCCCUCUUGGUUCCACCUUUUAGCUUCGGGAUUUGCCGACACCCCCCAGCCCCCCGCCUCGCCCCUCGCCGCAGACGGGGUCCUGCGGAGCUGCCGAUCCCCAAACGGAGACCCCUCCUCCCUUUCCCCGCGUGCCGAAAAUUAACAGCGUCAGAGCUCCUCUGAUGAGCAGUAGCAAAUGCUAAGUGACUUGUCAUCUCGCUCAUGAUUUACUUAUGCUAAUUGUCCCUUCAAGUAUGCCAGAAAACAUUCAAUUACCAGUGUUCCAAGUGAUGAAAUAGCCAAUUCUCCUGGGGGAAAUUAUCCGGGCUCUACCCAGCCUUCGAGUCCAAUCGCGACUUCUCCGAUUCAUCUGUCCGGAUCGGUCCUUGCGAGGUAGUUGCCGACAGCGAUGAGGAAUCAACUUGUAGACUUUUAGGACGAAACGGGGCCCGUCCCCUUUCCCAGCCGCUUAGAAGUCUUCCCAACCCCAUUGCUCUAUGAGGAAAGGAUGAAUCAGAUAAUAAUAAUAAUAAUGAUGGUAUUUGUUAAGCGCUUACUAUGUGCCGAGCACUGUUCUAAGCGCCGG